UUCCAGCCUUGCUGCCUAAGUCUGCUCUUACUGUCAAGUCAUGCCACACACUACAUUAACAGACAUGUAGCCAGAUUAACCUUACAUUCUGCUUACCUAGUUUCACAGCAGACCACAAAUACAAAGAUGAGCCAAAAGUUAUUACCGGACUACUUCCGACCGGUCAAUGUGCGACCACGGCCUAUGUCGGGAGCUGAUAGGAGAGCAAUACUAAGAGCGACCGCGGAAGAGACUCAAGCCCUUCUUCCCGGCAUUCUAAGUACAGUGCCUCGGGCACCUCCAACAGCACAGUACUGUCCACGCAUCAGAUAUCCUUCAUUAAAUCCAAGGUUCAGUCCAAAGCUAUCAACCCAUGUCGAAGUCAUAUUUGGAGAUACGUUCGACAUCGCCAUCAGGAUUAAUAGCCCCUCCAGGCAAUUCCGGCAAAGUGACACGCGGAACGUGUGUGUCUUGAAUAUGGCCAACGAAAGGAAUCCAGGCGGCGGUUGGCGUAAUGGAGCUAUGGCUCAGGAGGAGGCUCUUUGCUAUCGAAGCAGCCUCAGCUCCACCCUUAAAUACCGAUAUUAUCCCAUAGGAGAACGAGACGCCAUCUAUUCUCCGACCGUCGUUAUCUUCCGUGAAAGUUUCACACAGGGUCAUGGGCUGAUGGACCUGCAGAAGCCUGAAAAUCUCCCUAUUGUGAGCGUUAUUAGCGUUGCUGCCCUGGAAGGACCAGAGGUGGACUAUACGGCAAAUCCAGCGGCAUUUAAGUCUCGUUCUGAUCGAGAACUGACCAAAGACAAGAUGCGGUCUAUUCUCCGCAUUGCAGGGUAUAAGAAGCAUCGGAAAAUAGUCCUAGGAGCUCUGGGUUGUGGCGCAUUUGCGAACCCAAAUGCCGAGGUUGCUCAAUGUUGGUUCGAAGUCCUGAAAGAAAUCGAAUUUCAGGGAUGGUGGGAGAAGAUUGUAUUUGCGGUUUUAGAUGACAUGUCGAAAGUUGCUCAGGGUGACAGCAAUUUCGAUGUCUUCCGGGAAAGGCUGCAUGGAUUGAAGGUAUGAACAGGUAGACCAGGAAAAGUGGUACAUAGUAUUAUAUAAAAACCGGUAUAAUAACGUCCGUCACGUCGCAUCUUCCGAUACGUCGCUAAUAUGAGUAUAAUGGUACAAUGGUCGGGAUUCCUACUUUCGAAGUCGGCCAGAGCGCCUUCUGGUAGUUUGUUGUGCUUCUACCGGCUUAGUCUCUGUCUCAUCGAUGUCUUCCUUCUUGACAGAAGCCCUGCUUUGCCUUUUGGGCCCUGUCUUGGGCUUCAAAUCC